GUGUGUGUGUGUGUGUAUUAAGGCUACUUUAUCAGUGCGACCCAGCUGUGUCUCUAAAACACCGCUGUUUUUGAAAGAGCGAACACUGUGCUUCUAUUGGGCCCCUUAUACACAAGACAUUUCUAUACUGUGUGUGCUGGUAUGAAGUGUGUGUUAUUUGCCGUGCUGGUUCUUGUCUGUCUGCUGGGAGUUAAUGUAGGAGAAGCUGAGGCUGUAUGUCCUCAGGGAUGUUUCUGCGCAGCUGCUGUGGUGGACUGUAGCAGGCGUGGACUCACCACUGCCACGCUGCCUUCAUCUUUCCCCAUGAGCACAACUGAGCUUCAGCUCCAUGAUAAUCACCUCACAGCGCUGCCCGUUGGACUGUUGGACAACAUGCAGGCGCUGCAAGUGGUCACGCUGCAUGGGAACCCGUGGGAGUGCGAUUGUGCUGUGCUCUAUCUGAGAGGAUGGCUGUUAAAACAGAACAAUGCUGCUUUGACAAGAAAUGUGAGCUGCAAUUCUCCUCCUGGUCUGCAGGGGAGACUAGUGGCCUUCCUGUCAGAGGAAGAGGUGCUUAACUCCUGUAAAUAUUGGCUGUGUGAUCUGGCCUUGGCCUCACAGAUCAGCCUGUUCAUCUUUGUACUGUUGCAAGCAAUCCUCCUCGCUGUGGUGGUCUAUUUCCUCCGCCGCUUCCACCAGCUGAGCUACGAUGCACAACGAGCAGCUGCAGAAAGUUUUCACAGCUGAGACCCAGUCACUCACUGGCUUGAAACACUGGCUUGCUUUCACUAUUGUUUAACUUAAUCCUCAUCAACAGCUUGUCACUAUUUCCCUCAGGGAUUUUUUGAUGCUAUCUUAUGGCAUGUAACUUAUAUCCUCUCAGGUCUAGGGUUGUUGUAUUAGUUGUGAAGAGUUAGAGAUGAAGGAGACAUAAUCUGAGGCUUGAUUAUGAUCUGUCAUGACAUCUGGAAUUAACAUGAUCCCACAGGAAUAUAGGUUUUAACGUCUGUAAGAUGUGUGCAUGCCAAAGUCAUCCUGUCUGCUUUUCAGGUUUUCAUUCACCCUUUUAUGUUAGUACACCAAUGCUGUUGAAUCCCCAAUCGAUCAAAAUGUGCUGCAGAUUCUGACCAAUAAUACUGGUUACUCCUACCCUAAAUUCUCAAAAAAAGAAAGUAAUUAAGAGAAUCCUCCCACUACCUUUUGCAUUACUGCAUCUGCACACAUUUGCUUUUCAAAUAAACAGGUAUAUUCUUAAAUAAAACUGCAUUAGUGAAUUGAUUGUGCCAUUGACUGUGAGGCUGCAUAGUCACAUGAAGUGUACAGGACCAAAUUCAUUACACCAUAUUCAUUCAUCCCAAAUUAUUCAAAUAAAACUUUUGAAGAUGUUCGAUUGCUAAAUAAUUCUAAAAGCCGUAUUACACAUUACAUGCAAAAUAUCAAGUUUAUACACUUUGUUAAUACUGUCCUUGGCUGCCAAUUCAGUGUGACCAAUUUCCAGCAUAUGGGAGCAAAAUCCCCAGCACUCAAUAUAGCUAAUGAGUAGAGGAAGUUUAUGACAACAUGUUAAAUACAGUAAUAAAAUCAACUAGUGAGAGACUUGCAGGAGGAAAUCUAAAACAGUGUUUGAAAUAUUUGUGUCAGUCAGCAAGUUCAGUUCUUGGUGAAAACUAUAAAUCUCCCUAUAUGUUAGCUUUCAUGCUGCAGUUGUACUGUAUGGUCUUCUGAAAUAUGUUUGACAUAGAAGCUCCUUUAUUUUAUUCUUAUUUUUAACAAUAAACUUAUUUUUUAAUUUG